AUGCCUCGUCUAUCUUUCAUUACUGGUGGGAAAAAGCCAAAGCCGAUUUUACGCACUGGGACUUUUAGAAAGCCUCGACGGCUUCAAGGACAAGACUACCACACCUUGAUAGAGAGGUGUUUGAGGAGUAAGCAGUUAUUUCACGAUGAAGAUUUCCCAGCAGAUUUAAGCUCCAUUGGAAGUGGAACUCUUUUGCGUAAGGUCCCGCCAAAUUUUGAGUGGAAAAGACCACAUGUAAGUCAAAGAAACCACUUGUAUUAAAGAACAAUUGUGAUCAAAUUUUAAUUUCUUUUUUGAAAAGAUCAUUAUAGUUAAUGAAACAUAACUAUUAUUUUUUUAUUGAUGUAUAUUGUUAUUUUUGCGAAAAUCUCACUUGUUUUAAUCUGCCUUAGCAGCCAUAUUGGGUCAGACUCUACUUGUUAUCUGACCAACUGGUACUCACCCUUACAUGCCGGCUGCUGCAAUAACACAAUCUUGUACAGAUUUCUGAAAAUACAGUAGCAUAGCACAAAUGUACAUUACAAAAACCCAUGUCAGGAUUAGAGAUGUCGCGAACCGUCCGCGAACUUCUCGCGAACGGUUCGCCACGAGCUGUUCGUGGCGAAUUAGAGAUGUCGCGAACCGUCCGCGAACUUCUCGCGAACGGUUCGCCGCGGUUUGCCACGAGCUGUUCGCGGCGAACUCCGGUCAGCUGACACGUCCCGGCCAAUCUCCAGCAUACCCUCCCUCUCAGACCCUCAUACUGGACAGCAUCUCCGGUUUGAAACAUGGAUGCUGUCCAGGAAGUAGGAGGGUCUGGGAGGGAGGGUCUGCUGGAGAUUGGCCGGGACGUGUCAGCUGACCGGAGUUCGCCGCGAACAGCUCGUGGCGAACCGUUCGCGAGAAGUUCGCGGACGGUUCGCGACAUCUCUAGUCAGGAUGUAAAGACGCACGCCUUCACUACUUAAUACAAAAUAGUCUGCAUAGUGCGUUCGACCUGCACUUACCGUAUGUUGUAAACCACUAAAAUGAAUAUCGUAGAGACUCGUAGAGAUAUACUUGUAGGAAAUAUAGUAGCAAAACAAUGUUCAAUUGGUUGCAGUGCAUUCUGUGGCUCGGUGGUUCCUAUAAAUUCAAGGUUUGACUUUCAUUUUAAUAUCCUAACUUUUAAAGUGAAGCAGUGACUGCAUUGUAAUAUUUCAUACACACAUUUUUCUCCAAAAUAAAAUAUUUUCUGUAAAAGUUUGUAAAAGUGAUUUCAGACAUAUCACGCUUGCUAAUUACUGACAAUUCACAGUGAAUUUCAAAUCUGAAGCCAAAAUAACUGAAUUGAAAACAGCUGGCAAUAAGGUUAUAUUUGGUCUAAAACAGGAAACUCACUUUGAAUUCCAGACAAUUCUCAGUGUAGGGGUAUAGUCAUUAAACUUCAAAUUGUAGCAAAUUAAAAUCCAAAUAGCAAACUCAGGCUAAAAUCGAGUCUAAAAUGUUUUUUUCUAAUUCAGGAUUCAAUAUUCUGAUAUUUGAAGUUUAUUGAAUGAAUAAAUCAAUCGAAAGAAAAAUGAUCAUAACACUUUUUUUUGGUCCUUUUUCCCAGGAGCUGAUGAAGAAUCCUCUGUUCUUUACUGAAAAUGUGAGCAGGUUCGACUUGCACCAAGGACUCACAGGUAUCAACAAAUAUUUCAUAAGAAAACUUCUACUUUGUAAGCUGAGCGGUUACUCAUUAAACUAUUAAAUAUACAAAUUGCACACUGCGUCGGACACACUACCUUCUGGUAUAUACGGUGUCAGGUAUUCUAUUGAGAUCCAGCAAGGAGAGAAAAAACCCAAUAGGUAUCGGAUUUCAAAAUUCUGAGUCUAACGUACUCAAUUAUGGAUAGACAUUUUGUAUUUCUUUACUUCCAUGAAUAUAAAAAUAGUUACCAAAAGCAGACAGUGUGUUAGUGAGUGAACAUAUCGUUGUGUUCUGUGGAUCUCUCCUCUGUUGUGUGUUCAUUUUGUAGGUGACGUGUGCUUUGCUCAUAUUAUUGAUUCUCUCUUACAGAAAACUGCUGGUUUUUAGCUGCUCUAGCAUCACUUACCCUGAACAAAGAUAUAUUAACUAACGUGGUGCCUCAAAACCAGAGCUUUCAGAAAAAUUACGCAGGAAUCUUCCAUUUCAAGGUAAACGUCAUGCAUAGCAUAUUGUUAUAUUUUUGAACUAUCACAUAUACAUAUUUAUUUCCUGGGUGAAUAAUGUGUUCAUUACAGUCUUGUUUUCGGCAAGGUACAGACAUUUUUUUGUUUGUCUUUUUUGAUAAUCUCCUUUUUAAUACAUUUUGAGCUUUGGGAUUAUGGAGACCUCUACUUAUUUUAUUGUGUAAGAAAUUAACUGUCUGCUAAGCCUGACAUAAUUCCUCCACAGUUCUGGCGAUUCGGGGAGUGGGUUGACGUGGUAGUGGAUGACCGUCUUCCGGUAGAUGAAAACGGCAAGCUCCUGUUUGUGUCUUGCGUCAAAAAGAAUUUGUUUUGGGGAGCACUCCUGGAGAAAGCUUAUGCUAAGUAAGGCUUGAAACAUACUGAGACUGGUAUUAAUAAAUCGUUUGUGUUGCACAUACUGGCCUACGCAUUUCACAUUUAUUGUGUGGCUUUUGCGAUGUUAAAAAUAGAGCUAUGAACAUUUCUGACACAGACUAUAUUAAAAAUGUAGCUCUUUAGUUUGGUUAUGAAGCACGCCACUCAUUUCCUAGACUCCACCAAAUACAUUAAUUGUAUAAACUGAAAUAACAGGUUCUGCAGAAAGCCAUUGCUUGCUCAUAUUAAAGAAACAUGUGCAACUAUAUAUAUGUGUGUGUGUUUUGCAAUGUUAGAGCAUCCUUAGUGGAAUUACUGGGCUCCCCUUUAUAAAUUAAAAUAAUAAAGUUAAAAAUCACUUGUCAUCCAACAAUGUCCCAAUCUCACUGCAGCCACCAUUCCACCUAUUUCUGAAAUUGUCACUAGAGUGAUCUCGGGCCAGUCCAAUGUUUUCCCAAGCAUUGAGCAUCCUAUUGUGCAUGCGGAUCAAGUGUGGUGCCAAUAAUAGGAUUCUCCUUAUAAUAAAGUAUUUGUAAUGCUUUUCUAUGGGGAGACUUAAAUUAUUGACAGCCAAUAGAGGCACACUGACAAACAAAGGUAAACACUGCUGUUUCUUUAAAAUGGCAAUGCUUACAUCUCUCAGAAUGCAGGGGUGACAUCAAGAGGUUUUGGUGCUUAAAGUAGGACAUGUAUGAAAAAGAAGAGUCUGAUACUAGGUCUAUGCAAGUAAAAUGUGAAUUAUCCAAACCCAAACGGAAUGACUUGGUUGCAGACAAGUUGACUUUCCCUAAAACGUUUUGUGAAUUAUGAUACGGACAUCAAAUCACCGCAUUCAGCUGUCUGAUAUUGUCAUAUGAUACACCUAUAUCUAUUUCCUGAUAACUAUUAAUAUUACGAAUGAUUACAACUAUACUCUAUUAAAAGAAACCGUUUUCCUUUUGUGUCUCAGGCUAUGUGGCUCCUAUGAAGACAUGCAGAUUGGUCAAGUAUCUGAAGCAUUGGUGGACUUCACCGGUGGCGUGAAUCUUACCAUAAAAUUGGCGGAAGCCCCCCCAGAUCUGUGGCAGAUCAUGAUCAGGGCAGCGAACAGUGGGUCCUUAAUGGGAUGCCAGACUCGAUCCGGAGUAAGAAUAAUUUACAUUCUUUUAUAGGAAAGAUUAUGUGAUAUCAAAGUAGGCUGCCACUGGCUGAGUAGCCAUGUUGCCAUAUCUUAACCUGCUCAUUACCAGAGCUGCGGGCAGCAUAAAGUCAUGUCUAAUUAUCUUAGAGAUAUACAACAAGUAGCCAUAUCUCAACCCACUCUUUACUAGAGAUAACUACAGAUUGCAAACAUUCUGCUGUGUAUUCCAAAAAUACCAUUCAUGAUUCUAUGAUUCUAUGCCAAUAUUGUUAUUGUUAUAUUAGAGCGUAUCUAUUUCUUUUACAUUCCUUAUUUUUGUUCAGUUAAUUUGUUGUUACAUAAAGGCACAUUAUACAACAAUAAUUAGGAUAUAUAUUGUAAUGUUUCGAACCGAUAAGACAGUUUUGCCCAUACAAAUUAAUAUGUUACUCUUUUAAAAAGAAGCUGUCUCAGGCUGCCUUUUUAAAAUGGAUAUUAAAUAUAACUAAACUAUAUAUUAAAAAAGAAAUUAACAAAAAACAAUUCCACUGCUGUGUUGUUGCCUUUGGUGUUGGUGUAGGAUAUAUUUUGCCUUUGUAUUUAUGCUUAUCUCAUGUCUCCGAUGCGUUGGUCGGUUAUGCUCAGCAUAGGCUACUAUCUAGGAUGCGUUUGUCUUAAAGAAUAAUUAAUGGAAGACAUUAGUGGAGGUGAGAAAGGGAGAAGGCCACAAAGUUAUUCAAGAUACCGCUGAAAGAGGGGUGGAGGGUGGGCAAGAUCCCCAUGAAUGGAGGGUGCCCUCAUUCACCCUGGCCCUCCCUUCCUCGGGUAGUACAGUAAGAUUCCCAAAGCUCCAAUGGUUUCUGGAAGGAUCCCAUUGAAUUUCAGACCUGGGCUUUUUCAUAAGAGACGUGUCUUUAUUUUACAUAGUAUUGCUUCUAUAUUUGGGACUCCUGUUUUUACGCUGGCUCUGCCAGCUGCUGGUGUGAUUUUAUUAAGGAGUUGUUUUUCUCUCUUCCUUGAAAGAAAUCAAUAGAUUGACGAAAAAGACCAUGGGUCUAGGGCACCUCUGUUUGGAAAAUCUGGAAAAGCAAAUCCUAGAUUUUCUACUAAUAUGAUAGUACCUUUGGGCAGAACCACCAAAAAUAAGCGUAUGAACCUCUGUGAUUGCACAGACACCAACAUGGACCUGAAGACACCCUUCCCAUGUGGCAUUGUAUACCAUCGGAAUAAUGUUUUGUAGGACUGUUCUUACUCUUAAAAGUUUGAAUUAAAUGCCUUUUUUUCCAAUAUUUAGCCUGAAAUGGUUUUGGAGAAUGGAUUAGUCGCAGGACACGCGUAUACUGUCACUGGGAUCAGAAAGGUAAUGUCCGUUCUUUCUCCCAUUAACUACUAAAAAUAUAAGUAAAGUAGCAAACUUGUGUGUUGUGUUUGGAAGUGUUGUUUGUGUGUGUAUUCACGUGUCUAGGGGGAUGUGUGUAUCUUGUGGUACACUAGUGAGGCACACAAUAAGUUAAUAUUAAUAUUUUAGAACAUAAGCGUAUAAACACUUGCAAAUUGUCCUGGUGAUUUAGUCACCGAUGUAAAAACAAAAAAAUUUAGGCCAAAUAAGUUAGCUGAAAAAAUAAAAAACACUUUAUUCUAAACAUGGAUCUUUAACAGGCUGAGCAGAUGUUAACACUUUAAUGUGGAGAGAUAUAGAACAUUUUAUAAACUUAGUAUCGAUCUUCAUGAAACUACAGCAGGUCAACCUGUAAAUGGAGCAUGUGGACUAUUUGUAAAUGCUGGCUGUUAAAUAUCUGUAUCAGUAAUAUCUGACAUUCGCUUUCAACAGGUGACCAGCAAAUCAGGAUCUGAAAAUUUAGUGCGAUUGAGAAAUCCCUGGGGAAAAAUUGAAUGGAAAGGAAACUGGAGUGACAGGUAAAGUAAUAAAACUAGAUUCGCAAACAGGAUUAUUUACUAAAACAAGAACUGUUGGAAAUUCAAAGUGAACCCAUUGUAAAGCGUUACAGAAUUUGUUGGCACUAUAUAAAUAUAAUAAUAAUAAUAAUAAUUCCAAAUUUAACAUCAAAAUAACCAACAUAUGGCCAAUAGCCAAUAGCAAAUUAUGGCAACGUAGCUUACUUGGAAUUUUUUUUUCCAGAUCUUACAUUUAUAAUUUACUUAAAAAUUCCAACAACUCUCCCUUUAGUGACUAACAGUGAAUGAAUGUUAGUAUGAAUUGGGUUGCAUGAGACAUGUUGCUGCCUCCUAGUGUUAUGAUGAAGUACUGCAAGGUGAUCAUUUUGAAGAAUAGUCUGUGUUCGUUGAUAAAGAAAGCAACAUUUUCCUUCAAAAAAAUGUUACGAUGUAUUUCUGAAGAGACAAAACAGUUUGAAACGUUGCUAGGUUUCUGACAGAAAUAAUUAGAGUCCAAUAAGCAAGUUACGCACCUAACAACAUCCUGAACAUGGGUGAAGUGUGGUUUAAUAAUCGAUGGUUUGAAAUAAUUAUUUUAGCUUCAAAACAUUUCUUAUUUCUUUUAAUUGUACAGUGAUUUUCCAUGUGAGGGGAAUGUGCUAUUUGAUGGGUUAGAAGAUAUUUUUUGGUGACCACAUGUAAAAUUAACAUUCUGUUAUAGUGGCAGCAGUUCUCUAGAGCUGUCCUACAGUAGGUUAUCUGCCCCUUCCCUCCCCCCAGGAGCCUACACAACACCCACUUUUCUCCUACAGCCUGAUGUUGCUGAGCAUGUCUGAUCCAGAACCGUUCUCACUGGUUGAACGUGACAGGUUUUUCUAAAGGCGAAGACCAAAUUCAGGGUUUGUGGCUGCAGACAUCCGUCAAGACCCUGGCAAAUUGUUAGCUGGUUCUAAAACAGUUUGACUACUUACCAGGGGAUGGCGUGAAUUCACUCCUGGCACCAUAACCACUACAGUGGCUGAAGUGGAUGUGGUGCAUUGAAGUGUUUCUUUAGAUUUGACCAGGGUUCCCAUCUCUGUAUGAUUUAGGGAUCACUUUGAGUUAGAAGUGGUUUGGAAAAUAUACAUAGAAUUGAGAGUGUAAUAAUACUGCUACUUUAAAGGGUGAUAGUGGGGAUGUGUGAGAUUCUUCAUCUGAUAUAUUAUAUUUCUCAUAACACUCAAAUGAAACAUUCCUUUUUUUAUCAGAUCUCACAAAUGGGAUCAACUCGGCUUCAAGGAGAGGCUUCUACUACGAAAGACCAGAGAAGAUGGCGAAUUCUGGUAAUUCCAUUUUUAAUAACAGUUGCGUAAGUGGUGGUUACAGUUGUAAUUAUAUAGAAGUGCAUCCACCACCGCACUCUCUUCCUCAUCUGGUGGUCUUUAGAUCUAUGUAGGGCGCAGUAACGUAGGUCUCUAUAUGAGGAUAGGUUUUUUGUGCCCUUACCUUUCUGUCCAUGGCUCGAUAUAUUGUCACAGAUUCUCUUCUGCACAGAACUGAUCUAAUGAGAGGUUACUCUUUAUAUCAGCUUAAAAAAAUUUGCCCAUAAUUCUCUGUUUUUUGUCAUGAACAUGGAUAUUUUGCAUUCAGAAGCGUUGUUCUCUGUAUGUAUUUCAUAUCUCUCAUAGAAACUAUUUACAAUCUAAUGACUCUAGUGUUAGAAAAUCCCGGUGCUUAUAACAUUCAGGAACCAAACACUAUCAUGUUUUUUUUUUUACUAACAUGAAAAUUUAAAGUAAAUUUCACAUUUUCCCUAUUCUCCAAGAGAGCUAUACUUCCAUUUGCAUAUUGGUGUCAGUAGCACUGGAGCUCUGUGGUAGUGACGAGCCACAGUGUAGGGCGAACAAGGCAACUUACAGUUCAAUUAUCUUGUCCUUAAUUUUGAAAUUCACUUUAGUACAUAAACCUGGUCUGGAACCAGCAAUAAAUCUGUGUUCAAAGUCACUUAGAUCAAUGUCGUCUUCCCCAUUCCAAUGUCUGAAUUCAUAUGUUUCAUAACCAAACCUGUUGAUGUGUUUUCCUGCUUCCUGCACAUGACUCAAUGUUUUGCUAUUUGAAUUAAUGAGCAUUAACCUAAUUAAAAUUAAUUUAUAUUGACUGUACUUUAUGAUAUAAUAUAUAUAUAAUUGAAGUCUAGAUGCACUCACAGCAGUUAAAAAUAGCAGUUUAAUGUGAACAAAUAUACUUUACAUUAUUUGCUUAGCAUGUAUCUAAUCUUGACCCAGAGGGGGUUGAAACAGCAACCAGAUACUAUGGACCUUGAGAAAGACCCAGAGAGGGUUGAAACGUUGUCAAGCCAAGCUAAUAAUGUAAAGGAUAAUUUUUACACUAAACUGCGAUUUUCCACUUAAAAGUCCUGUGAGUGCACCUGGGUUAUUUUUAAUUUUACAUAUAUGUGGAUACGCACUGCCAUUUUUGUAUAUUUAAUAUAUUAAUUGGGUACACAAACAUAGCUACAAAUAUUGGCGAUGUCCUGCGUUAAAAAAAACCAACACUAUUUAGAACAGAUUCUAGGAACGAGUUUUUGUCAUAAAGUGAUGUCUAUGGUUGCUACUUCAAUCAUAAAUUAGCCAGGCCCCAAACUCCUCACAUAUGUAUCCACUUGCCUUUGCACUAAUUGCAUAAUUUUGUAUUCUUUGUCUACGUAGGAUGUCUAUCGAGGACUUUGAGGCUCAUUUUGUGGAGCUGGUUAUCUGCAAGUUGACUCCAGACUUGAUAAGCCAUGAAAAUGGCAAGCAGUGGACUUUAUCCAUGCAGUGUGGAAAAUGGACCCCCGGUAGCACAGCUGGGGGGAGAAUGACGUAUACAGGUAAAUGCUGUGAAAACAGUUAUAUCAAAUGAAAACUAGUUAGCAUGGACAUAAUUAUGUUGUUAUAUUACGGCAUUAUAUAAAAUUAAUACUAUAAACGCUCGCUGUGUUUAGCACACAUGGUUCAUAGGUGAUAAAUAAUGUGUCAGGCACUGGAAUGUUACGAUAUAAAAUCUGCAAAACUCACAGGUGGCUUAGUGAAUGAUUAACUGUAUCUAGCUACAACUUCUAGAAUCCUAGUUCUACAAAACACGGACAGACUCAGGUUGUCUACCGUCUCUAACAGUAACUGUGCCAUAUGUAACCUGGCCAUGUUUUUAGUCCAACAUGGAGCUUACAUUGAAGAUCUUACAGUAUCUUGGUUUGAACUUCUAAUUUGGACUUUUCAUUUUAUUUCUAUAGAUGUCUACUGGAAAAAUCCCCAAUACCGGCUGAAGAUUUUCCAUGGGGAUGAUAUGGAAAAGAGCACAAACUCUUGUGACGUACUGGUGUCCCUUCUUCAAAAGCAGAAUAACAAGCACAGAAACCAGUCGCCCCCCCUGUUCAUCGGGCUGUCUAUUUUCAAGGUAACAUAUUUCUGUAAAUGAGGAGUACAUUACCUGGGUAAUUAGCUCAAAAUAACACCAUUGUGUAAGUAAAUACUGGAUGCUUUUAUUCACUAAAUAUUGAAUUGUAGUGAACCAGUCACCGGACAGAAACAUUCCUGUUAUAGUCAUAGCUUAGCUACACUUUCCUAAAUAUUGCAAUGCGGAUUCCAAUCCAUUCCAAUUUGGUGUUUAGUAAAUAAACCCCAGUGUGAGUUUAGUCCACAACAACUGGAGCUCCACAUUUUGUCUGUCCUUAAUCUAAAGUUUGCUAUAACAUCUAAAAAUUUUAAGGGAAACUCACUAUUCACAUUGAUAGUGGGCGUUAGGAAGUUGUGAUUCUAAAUGUCUCAGUCUGAUACAAAAAUACAUACAGAAUCAGCCAGUGAAGCCGUAACAGCUUGUUAAUGUGGUAAAAUGGGCAUUUGGACCAAGUUCUUGCACUGGAAUGAAUGCAAAUGAAAAGUAAGGCUUCACCCUCUGUUUUGUGCUAAUCUGUAUUUGUUCUCUUCCUAAUAUGUCCUUUUUACUUCUCUUUUUGCAGGUGCCUCUUGACGUGAGUACCAAAUAUCUCUUCAUUAUUUAUUCUAUUGUCUUCCAAGUCAUGACGGUAUUGUACAGUCAUUCAGGGCAUGGCAACCCACAAAUCUUGAGUUGUUGUUUUGUCAUAUUUCCCAUCAACCAGGUAAUGGGAGUUUGUAGUCCAAUAAUAGCUGAAUAGUUUCUAGUUAAUCUCCAGCAAUACAUCCUUAGAUUCUUCACAGAGAGCGAGAGAGUAAACUUAGCCCUUUAUUCUAUCAGAAUCCUGAGCUCUUGAAUAAUGAAUUUGUAAUUCCCUUAAAAUCAUGCUGUGAGGUUCUGCAAUAAACAAACCGGGUGGAAACAUGAACAUAAAAUAGCUCUUUCUAGACUCCAUGUUUUUAAGCUGGCCAACACUGUUACUAUAGACUCUAGAGAAAUGGUUGACCUUUAUCGAAGGUACAUACCACCCAGACAAAGGGGCAGUAGUUGAAUAUUGUUAAUAUAGAUUACAAAGUUAUAAUUGUAACUCUCUUUUCUCAAAGAAUGUUUGAUAAAUUGUUCAUCAAUGUAUUGUAUCUACAUCUUAAAAUUUAUUUUAAUUAAUUACUUUCGAUGAACCACAAUUUUAAAUGUAUAGUGGUUUGAGUUUCUGCAUACAAUUUGGGUGCCAGAUUAAGAUUAUUUUUAUUAAUUUACACAUUAACAUUACCUGCAGUUAUUUUGUUUUUAAAAUGCCCACGCCUUCUGUCUCGCCUUGAUGAAAUCAAAAUAUCUUAGAUUUCAUGUUUUUAAAAGCAGCAUGUACUAAAUUGAUUUUUUUUUUGAGUAAACGGUGAAUUAUAACUUUGCUAUUUGGUUUUCAAUUUGCCUCAAUUCACUGUUUAGGGAAUAAACAUCAGGAUCAUUAAACUCUAGAUUUAUAAUGAUCAAAUGUCCUGGUUAUCCAUCAUUAAUAUAUUUCUUUCUGAUCUGUAUAGUUUCAGGGAAAUCGAAGCCGGCUGCCCCAGAUGUUCUUCCUUACCCAUCGCCCAGUCAACAAUAAAUGUGUUUUUAUCAAUGAACGUGAAGUGACUCAGGACUUUCGCCUGCUACCUGGGUCUUAUGUUAUUGUCCCCUCAACAGCUGAACCUGAUCAGGAGUGUGAAUUUAUACUCCGAGUGUUUUCUAGAAAGCACAUUCUAGAGUAAGCAUUUGUUAUCCUACAAAGCAAUGCAAUGACUUAAGAGACCAGUUAAUAUAUGUAUAAAUUAUUUGCUGAUAAGAAGUAAGAUAACGAAAUAUCAGAAUUUCAAGAUAAGAAAAUAUAACACAUUCCAAUAAGUCAGGUGUCAAAAAUAUCUGGCAAAUUAAUGUACAUUUUUAAAAAUGUAAAUAAGGAGAUAUAUUACUGUAAUGAGAAACAUACUUUUUUUCUGAACAGCAUUUCUUUCAUUUUGAAAUUCACAAUGAAUUACUGACAAUUCUCAGUUUAAUGAACAAUCUUAAUAAUAUAGCUUUGACUCGGGGUCUGAAUUCAUUUUUCAAUUUCCAUGUUUUAAACACGGCUAAAGAUCAAAUGAUCCACUUUCUAGACCUUGCUAGACAAAAAGGAACAAGCGCAGACAAAGGCUUAUCCACUUAUUUCAACCAGUAGGACCCAGCAUAGACAUAAUUCAUGAAAACUGAAUGUAUUUUAUGUAUUUGGUAAAUGGAGCAAAUACUAACAUGAUUUAUCAUUUCAGAGAACAAGGCGAAAACCCUAAUAUUGUCCUCUGUUGCAAGGUAAGCAUUUUCUGUAUACUGUUCAUGCGUUUAUGCAAUAGUGGAAUAAACACAAGUACAAUCGAGGGAGGUAUUUACAAUAGACAAUGACCGCCUCAAUAGGUGCACUCACACUGUGUAGAGUGCUAUCAGGGCAUUGAGCCUAAGUGAGAAUACAUGCACUGCGCUGAGUGGGGAUAUUUAGAGUGGACGCAAUUAGCCAAAGUCACGCAGGUCCACUCACACUUGUAUCUUAUACCUACAUUAUCGAUAGGUACGCAAUCACAGUAAAGCUGCAGUCAGGCUAUGUCACCCAGAUCUGUCACGUUUUUCUUGACACCUAUCAUUAUUCAAGUGACUGCAAGGUACAUGAUAUAUGAUUCAUUUAUCAACAUGUAGACUCUGAAACUACAGAAGCAAAAUCAAUUACUCAAUGCCAAGAAUUCCGCAUGAUCUCUAAGAAUCAUUUCAUAUAUUACCCUCUUACAAUAUACACAUCCUACAGCCCAUUUCAUGUACUACCCAAAGUAAUAGGUGUCCAUAGGAAUAUGAUCACUAUUUCAGUCCUAGUUGCAUCAGGAAAUAAAUACACAUCACAACAUCAAAUAAACAGAAAUCUGAGAGCUAUUACAUUUCUUAAUACAUAAUCAUCCUAUGAGACAAAUAUUUCCCCCCUCCCUUAAAUAAACUGUUGAGAUUUAUCUUGCUUUUCUUGAUUCUGUUUCGAACAGAAAAUUGCUGACAAACAGGAUGACAAGCUCUGGGAAAAUAUAUUCACCAAAUAUUUUGAAAAAGUAAGUAAAAAAAAAACUCCAACAAGACAAAAUAAAAUGUUUUGUUUUUAGAAAAGAAUGCCAGUGUCGGAAUAUUGAUAAUGAUUAUACUGAAAUAUUGAUGUGAUGAGACAUGUUUUGGUAGGUCGUACAUGUUACUUGCAUAUGAAUAUCAAUAAGGAAUGAAACUAGAGAGAGUCUAAGAAUCAGAAAGAACGGCAUAUAAAAUAACCACAUAGGAUAAUUAAAUAUUUUUUGGAUUGCAAGUAGUGAUGUCCCGAACGGUUCGCCGAACGGUUCGCCGUGGAUGGCGAACAUAUGCGGUAAACUUUGACCCUGUACCUCACAGUAGCAGACACAUUCCAGCCAAUCAGCAGCAGACCCUCCCUCCCAGACCCUCCCACCUCCUGGACAGCUCACUAAGAAUGCAGCUUCACAAUGAAUGUAAAAUGGAUGCUGUCUGGGAGGGAGGGUCUGCUGCUGAUUGGCUGGAAUGUGUCUGCUGACUGUGAGGUACAGGGUCAAAGUUUUACCGCAUAUGUUCGCUAUCCGUUUGGGACAUCACUAAUUGCAAGCAUCAAUAAACCCUUUGCAUGUUUUGCCAAUUACUUUUUCAAAGUGUAUCUGUGCCUAAUAUGCUGAGUUCCAUCUUGCACUGGGUGAAGAGAGUUUGAGUCUGGAAAACCCUGGUUAGCCUUCACACCAGACAUCUGGGAUGGACAAUUCCCAUGAUGCUUAGAAAGCCUUUAGGGCCAAGCCAGGGGUAGGCAACCUUCGGCACUCCAGAUGUUGUAGACUAAAUCUCCCAUAAUACAGCUGUAAUGUAGGCAAAGCAUCAUGGGAGAUAUUGUCCAAAACAUCUGGAAUGCCUAUCCCUGGCCUAGGCCAUUGGUGUCCUGGAGGUGUGCAGGAUCUAAUUCAUUUUUGUUGGCUUGUCUCUGCAAACGGCAUUAGCACUGGUCUCAUGAUAAUACAAAAUGUUUUUGUUAAAAUAUCCAAAAAAAUGAACCAAGAAAUAAAAAAAAUACACAUACAUGACAUAUUUAAAGAGAAUAGUUAACUGUAAAUAACUGAUAUGCUGUGUCUGGUGUUGAAAAGGUAAUUCAAAAAUACAUUUAAAAAAUGCUAAUGAUAUAUUUCUUAUUUUGUCUUUGAAAGCAUCCUGAAAUAAGCGUAAUUCAGCUCCAAAUGCUCUUAAACAAAGUGACUUGGAUAAGUAAGUGGAUAUAAAUAUCUAUAUUUUUCCUGAGUAAUGACUAAAUCUAAACCUUCACUUAGUUAUAUUGCAUGGUCUGUACAUUGUAGAGGCGCGUGCUACAAGCAAGCAUACCUAUUAUUAAUUAUAAAAAAUAUCAGCAAAAUAUAGAACUGGUAUCCAUAAACUACAUUAUUGUAUAUCCAUGGUUUUCAUUAUUUAUUAGAAUGUUUAGUUUCUUAAUGUUCCAGCUAUGUAAAUAUAAGCUGAGAAUCUCGAAACAGUGCACGUUGUUGAAUGUAAUUUUUCUUUCUUUUUAAUAUUGUUAAUCCGUUUACAGGUACAAAGCAAGCAUCGGUAAAAUUCAGCUCAGAUGCCUGCAAAGUGAUCAUGGCUCAGCUUGAUGUAUCCUUUCUCUGUUAAUUUGUGAUGUCCAUGGGGCAUCUCCUUAUUCAUCAACAUCGAUAUCAUUCCCAGAACCCUCAUAUAUGCAGCCUUUCAUAAACUUCAUUAAAUAUUGAUUAAGUAACGACUUAACACCUAAUAGUAAGAUGGUGCCUGGCUCCUCCUUUACUUUAAGUAAAAAAAAUGAAUGUAAAAACAUCCUAUGUUAAUAAGUAUUAACACAUGUAAAUAUUACUCUUAAAUAAAGGUUUAGGGACAUUUUUCUAAAUUUGUUGGUGCCCAUUUUUUUAAUAUAGGAUUUCCUGUGUGUCCAACUUGUCUGGUUACAACUACAUGUCUGUUCGUCCACCCAUUGUAAAGCGCUGCGGAAUUUGACGGCGCUCUAUAUAUAUCAUAAUAAUAAUAAUAAUAAUAAUAAAUUAUAUAUUGUGUAAUUUAUCUAAUAAUAGCGCUGUGAGGAAUUAUUGGCACGUACAAGCCUUGAUAUUUUGAUGACAGUUUAAUAAAAAAAAUAUUUAAAAUUGUUAAAAUCCUUAAUGAAUCCAUACUGCAGAUGAAGACGUCUGGCACACUAAACAUAGAAGAAUUCAGAUGUUUAUGGAAGAGGCUUCUCUCUUAUCAGGUUCGUUCAUAGUCAAUUAUUUUCUAAAGUUAAAGUAUUCUGAUGUCAAUGACAGGAGGAGAGUGAUCUCACAGUAAUAGAUAACCUUUGCUUGAAAACCUAUCCACUGUUAAAGGCAGCUUAUAAUGAUGCCGCGAAAUGCGUUGCUACAGAUGAUAUCUGAACUUUCUUCAUUAGAACCAUCAUAGUACUAGACUUCAAGUGUAGACAUGGUGAGCAAAAUAUGCCACCCAAAAAUGGUUUUAGAAAAAAAAAAAAAAAAUACAAAAUUGCAGUACAAAUACAAUGUGUUACCUUACCGAAACGGCAAGGAAAAGAGCCAAGCAAAAACUAAAUGUAUUUUCCGUGAUAAAAGCUUCACUAUUUUUAUUUUAAUCUUUUUAUAGUUUGUCAUUUCCUUUUGGAUCCACCAGGAUAAAGCAAUGGCUACAUAGUAUUCAUUAGAGUCGAUUUUUUACGAUACAGCUAGCUUGCUAACAAAUCAUAGUUUGGCAUAUACACUCCACAAGCUCUAUAAAAUAAUUACAGCUAGUAAUUUUAUAUUUGUAUGAGCUGCAUACCACAGCUAUUUAUAUUUUUUAUAUGACACUAUGGUUGAUCUGGUCCAAACAAUCAUCAGAAAUGUAUUAUAUAGCAGUAGAUUCUGCUGUGAGCCAGCCUGAGGUUUUUGUGUUUCAGUUUGUCUACGAAUUCAAAUACCUCUUUCAUAUGUCAUAAAACAAUGCAAUCGAAUUUGUAACCUGAUUUCUUCCCCAGGAAAUAUUCCAAAGGAGAGAUAAAGACAGAUCUGGAUUUCUGACACUGAUUGACCUACAGGCUGCUGUGCAAGAAAAAGGUGAAAAUGUUAAUUAAAAUAAUAAAUAUGAAUAGAAAAAUGAAACUGUGCAUUUGAGGUGUCUAUAUUAUCUGCUGUGAAAAACUCCCCACCUGACCGUGAAUACAGUAAAACAUCAACACAUUUAAUGAAUAAAGUUAAAAUGUUUAUUAUAACAAAAUAAAAUAAAUACAAAUGUAGUUUGACAGCAUUUGGAGUGUAAGGGUUUGUCUGUUCCUUACUAUUCCAGUUCCAAUUUACGUUGGCAAAUAAACACACACACACUCGUGCCAUAUUGGGGCUCAAACAUGCUGUCCAUGUGCUCACAUUUGGUAACGUCAUGACUGACAGUGUGAUAUCACGCUAUGAAAUACGUUUUUUAAUUCACAGUGUGACAUGAUAUUGAGAAAUGUGGUGUUUUUAAAUAUAAUCUGUCCACUAAAUUAAGAAAUAAAUGAAUAUAUGGGUAUUGGAAGUCAGGUUAGUGUGUAAGAGCUAUAUAGUUUAUCUGACUCAGGAACACACACUGUAUCUACUGAACGAUUGAUUCUCCAACUGCAGAACCUGCGCGCAAUCAAUCAGCUCUGGGCCUUGUAGAGAUAAGAUCUGUGUUGGAAGAUACGAGUUUAUGCAGCAAAUUGAGAUAUCGUCUAAAUCCUUGUGCUAUUGACCACAUAUUUUCUCUCUCCUCAAGGUAUUACAUUAAAUCAUCAAUUCUACAACCUCAUGCUGCUACGAUAUGGCAACUCAUCUUUGAAAAUCAAUUUUGAAAAUUUUGUCUGCCUUAUGUUGCGGAUGGAGAUUAACGGAGGUAAAUCAGUGCACACUGUAUGCUACUGAAAAGGUGUCGGAUGGUGGGAUUGUCUUUCUAAACGACAGUACCUUGAAAUAUGUGAAUCACAUCUUAGAGAGCAGAGAAUGUUCUGUAUACAGAUAUAAUCUAUAUUCACAGAAACUACUUCUGGAAUAAACUAGCAUCAUCAAAUUAAGUAUUAAAUACUGCAAUUAAGUAAUAAACUUGUUGGAAAUAUGACCAUAAAUGUUCAUAUUCAUGGAAAUAUGAGACUAGAACAAUUAUGUUAUACAUAUCAUUGGCAUCAUUCGCAGAGUUCACAAAGACCCAAAGCAACAUUGGUUUUAAAUUCUUUUUUUUUUUCUUUAAUCUUUUUUCAAUCUUAGCCCAGGGAUGUGGUCCAAAAAAAGAUAGAUGGCCAAAAGUCAGAUGCCCCAGUUCUAGAGAGAAAUAACAAGGUCACUUAGGCUGUGUAGUCUAGAAGUUACAUUUUAUGGAUGCACAGUGAGAAUACUGUGAGUGACUCACUUGGCCGCUGACUACCCACCUAUAGCAAGCCGGUCUUAAAAGUACUUAAUAAUGCAUUAUACAAUACCCAACUUUUUAACUCCUUAAACAUGUGGUGGUCUCCAGUACUCUAGAUACCAAUGAACAUGCAUAUCAAGAUAAGGAUAUAGUUUUGUUCUUUCUAGUCUGUGCUAACACAAAACAUAUAAGUGUCAUGGUCUACACACUUACUGUGAGCACUAUUUAAGGAAGAAUGUGAAUGAUCUGUAAUAAAAUAUGUUAAACAGGAUGGGCAAAUAGGAACAAGGAGUUGGUGUGUUGGUUACACUAACACUUCAUUCAGCAACAAUCAAUAUACUUAGACAGCAACACAGAAUAUUACACAUACUAUUUUAAUCUACCGUUUUGUGCAUUACGCUAAGUCUACAGUAAGUCUUGAAGAGGGGAAAAGGAGGCAACGGGGAGAAUGAUGUCUCCCUUUUGAUACAGUACUGCAUUCUUCACUAAUGCACACUGUCCUCCUCCUUCCUUCAGUUUCUAGGCUGCGCCGAACUAUGUCUCUUCCACCAGCUCCGUCUUCACUGCGUCAAGACUCUUCCCGUCCUUUCCCCACGUUGUGCCAUCGUCACCGCAGACCAGCGGUACAGGUCAGACGUGGGGAAAGGAUGAUAUUGUUUUCUUGUUCUUAAAUGUAAAAUUAGAAGUAUGGAAGCAGUGAUUAAAGUGUGAGAGGAUAGAAAAAAGGAGAGAGACGUAUAAAUUAUUUAGAGUGAAAGGAAAUAUCGUGUGCAUGCUUGGAUGAGCACGGUGUUGGUAUUUUACACGUUUGCAUGCUUUGUCAUUUGUGUCCUUAUAUUUUUAUUGGGUGUCAGUGUUUUUUUUUCCCAUUAUGGUCCAAGUGAGUGUAGUAUAUAACCGAAUAAAUGGAACCACGGUGUGUAUGUUUUAUAUUUAAUUGCUGUAUUUGGAAUACAUGGUGUGAAUUCUGUGCUAUUGAGUAGAUAUCGCUAUUCUGAAUAUUUGCAUAUUUUAUAGUCCACUGAGAUUGGACAAUACACUUAUUCAUUUUUAAUAUGUGUUUUAUUAAUAAUUGUUUUGUAAACAAGUAUUAAAUAUGUGCCAGUUCUUUGUGUAAAAUCUCAUUUUCAUUUUCCAGAGGUCUUUCAGAAUUUAAGUAAAGAUGGAAAAGGAAUUUAUCUUCAGGAGUCAGAGGUGGGUUUGACGCAAAGUCUAUGUCGUUCUCAGUUUUACAACGCUGAUUUGGCUUUUUAUAGUUGGAUGUAGUUCGUAAACAGUAGUAGAUUAAGGAUGAACUUUUAGUUGCUGUUCCUGAAGAGCUGUGGGCCUGCAGAUCAUCAUAGCAGUACCAUAUAAAUAAUAGAAGGUCUACUAUCUUGUCUGCUCCUCUCUUGGAUCAUACAUAAACUUUAUUGUGAAUUGAGGUGCAGUGAAACUCUUUCGAACUACUUCAGAGAAUUUAUCAAUGGAAGAUACAUCAUAAACGCUCUUUCAUCUCUUGCUCCAGAAACAGCAUAUUAACUAUAAAGAGAUAUUUACAUUGACACACAUGCACAGACACACACUCACACAUACGUAUAUACAUAUACAGUAGUUUGGGGCCCUGGAAGUCCUGCUUGUAUUUAGUAACCAUGUGAUUGACAGUAUGAAGUCUUGCUAUGAAUUACAGUUUUUAAUUUACAGGGUGACAUCAAUGGGAUUUGUAAACAGAAUCUGUCAGUUAAAGUAAGAUAUAAUUUAAUACAUGGUUAUUGGAAUGUAUUGGAAUAUUAAACGUAUCAAAAGCAUUUAAGUAGUUUUUAUUUCGCUUCAAUUUAGGGAAUUAUAGGUUCUCUACUUGGCAUAUAUCUGUCAUUUUUUUUAAGUUAUCGUAUUUUCCUCAACAGUGGAUGUUGCUGACGUUGUACUCCUGA